AUGGAUGGGACAAUCGAAGGCAUUGAUUGGACAUCGCAGUUGCCAGAAGAAUCCCUCCAUCAAAUACUAUCUUGCCUCUUCACAAAGGAAGCGGCUAGAACUAGUGUUUUGUCCAAGACAUGGCUACGAGCUUGGUCUACGUAUCCCAACUUGGAUUUUGUCGAAAGCUACUUCAUGAAAGAAUCCCUUUCUAAGUGUUCGGAUGCAGAUUUAAAAGGGAAAGAUGAUCCAAAGAUUCAAGAAACGAGAGAGAAGUUCUUGCACUAUGUGGACAAAACCAUGCUAAGAUAUCACAAGGAGAGGACACCAAUCAACAAAUUCAGGCUUCAUAUAACCAGUGUCUAUCCAACAUGGGCUUCUAUUAUUGACAAGUGGAUUGAAAUUCUGGUUCAAAAACACGUCGAUGAGCUAGAACUCCAUUUAUCAGAUUACGCUUUCCUUGGGUCUUUAUUAAAGAAGCACCUAUGUAAUGGAAUCAUCAAGUGUUACCCCUUGCAAAUGCUUGGUCUCAAGAAAGUCUGUAUCAAUGAAGAGGAGAUUCAAGACAUAUUCUCUAGAUGCCCUUUAAUUAAGGAAUUGCGUCUUCUUGACUGUCGUGGAUUGAAAAAGUUGCAUGUGGCUAAUCUUCAUAAUCUGAAGACAGUUCAUGUCAAGAAUAUCGAGGAAGUAGAGAUCAGGGCGGCACCAAAUCUUCAAUCUUUCAACUAUGUUGUUACCAAUGGUCUCCCUUGGAUGUUCAACAUUGAUUCAUCUCCACAUCUUAAAGAUCUUAUGCUUAUGGGAUUGGGCAUCACGGACAGAUUUUUCCACGAUCUUAUCGCUAGAUUUCCUUUGCUCGAGAAGUUAGAACUGAGGUUUUGUCAUGAGAUAAAAAGGAUCAACAUAUCAAGUCGUAUUCUCAAGAGCUUUGUUCUGAGGUAUUGUCGGAAGUUGGUGGAGGCAAAGAUUGAUGCUCCAAAUCUACUUUCAGUUAAGUACGAUAAAAUGCCCUCCUUAUCUAUUACUACUACCACUUCUCCCCAGAAAUGGGAGCCCAUUGUGAAUUUUCUUGGAGGUAUAACUGGUCUUUCGUCGUUCAUUAGGUUGAGAGAGUUUAUCAUGAGUUUUAAUCAGUCGGUAACUUUGGGAUUUAAUGUGUUUGACUGGCCUGAAAAGAAGAGGUUGAAGAAGGUAGACUUGAAAAGAAUGCCUCUCAUUGAUCAGGUACCUGUAAUAGAGCAUUUGAAGCUGAGCGUAUUUUCUGAUUUAAGGUUGUGUUAUGAAUCUCUUGUGGAUAGCUUGUUCUGGAGUUGUCAUCCUAGGAAGCUGUCUAUACUAUCAAUUAAGUUAAACAAAACAUUGAUAGAGAAACUGUGUGAGAUGCUGAUGGAGAGAGAAGAUGAUCCUUGCUGCUGCAGUUCUAGUGAUAGCAAAUGCUGGCGACAUCAUUUGAAAAAUGUGGAGAUUGGGCGCUUUGAACUGAAGAAUAAAGUUGAGAGACCUCUUCACUUGAAAACUUCAUCAGAUUUAUUUCCUUCUCUUGGAGAACCGCAAGGGAUUUAUUUUAAAUUAAAGUGCUGUGUUUGGACUUUGGUCAUGGAUUUGUGGAGGAUUUAUGAAGGUAAUGGAAAAGAUAUGAUAUUUGGGUAUCCAAAUAUAGAGACCCUACUCUCCCAUUUUGGAGAUAAAAUGUCUAAAAAGUACAACGGAUUCCUCUGGCAUACCCAGAAAUUUUGUCAAGGGGGUACUACGGUUGAAAGGUUCAAGGGACUAAGGUUGAAGGUUCAAGGGACUAAAGCUGAAGGACCUUAUGGGACAGAUAGAGAGAGAUAUAGCUACGAUCCAGAAGUAGAGGAAAUUGUUGAUUGGAAGUUCGUAAUAGAUCAAUCACAUUAG